GUACAGACUGAGACACAGCCAGCGCAAAGACAGAGAGAGAAAGGGAUAGAGAGUGAGGAAGAAGAAAAUAGAUUGAAUGAAAGAGAUGGAUAGAGUGUAGUGUUGCCCUCCAUUUGUACAGUUGUUAAAUCCGUUGUCUUUGUGUCUCUGUGGUGGAUUUGACUGGCAGGCGCUCAGUCUUGUGUUAGCUGGUUUCUCUUUGGUUUCUUGAUUGUGGAAGGAUUGAUGAGGAUGGCGAUACAGCACACUCACCUAGCACUGCUGUACACCUGGACACAAGAGCUGCACUGACAGGUCUGCCAAGUGGUCACGACAGACAGACGAUAACUGUCCACAUCAGUGAACGUCCUUGGCUCAGGAGAACUAUCCAACCAAUCAGGAGAGGUGUGGGGCGACGCCGUCCAAUUGGUGGGGAAGAAAUGUUGGGGCAGGGCGGGCAUGUGGCCCUGGCUCUCGUGUCAUUGCUACUGCUGUGGCACAAAGCAGCACCCAUUGAAGUCCCACAAGACCCAAAGAUCCAACAAGACUUGAAGCAACCCCCCACUAUAGUCGUACAGUCAGUGAAGGACUACAUUGUGGACCCUAGAGAUAACAUCAUCAUCGAGUGUGAGGCCAAGGGCAACCCAGGGCCAACGUUCUCAUGGCGAAGGAACGGGAAGUUUUUCAACAUCGCCAAAGAUCCCAGGGUGACGAUGCGAAAACGCUCAGGAACUCUGGAGAUUGGUUUCCGUAGUGGAGGACGACCAGAGGACUAUGAAGGAGAGUACCAGUGUUUUGCCAGCAAUGACUUUGGAGUGGCUCUGUCCAACAAAAUCCUGCUCCGGGUCUCCAAGGCUCCUUUGUGGCCUAAAGAGGUGCUGGAGCCAGUGGUGGUGACUGAAGGCUCCCCGCUGAUUCUACCCUGCAACCCCCCACCAGGCCUGCCUCCUCCGUUCACCUUCUGGAUGAACAGCGCGAUGAAUCCGAUCCCUCAGGAUAAGAGAGUGUCCAUGGGUCUGAACGGGGACCUGUACUUCUCCAACGUUUUGGCCAAAGACGCUCACACUGACUACAGCUGCAACGCUCGCUUCCUCUUCACACACACCAUCCAGCAGAAGAACCCCUUCACCCUCAAAGUUCUGACCACGGAGCCGUAUAAUGACACAUCUUACAAUGCCACUGACCCCUACGGUGGCCGUAAAGUAGCUGAGACCACGCCGACGUUCCUCUCACCUUCAGGGAGUGAGAGCUCUAAAAUGGUGCUACGAGACGAGCAACUGCUGCUGGAGUGUAUCGCUGCAGGACUUCCAACGCCUACUAUCAAGUGGUUUAAGAAGGGUGGGGACCUGCCCGGAAGGAAAGUGAAGUUUGAGAACUACAACAAGACCCUGAAGAUUAUCAACGUGUCAGAGGAGGAUGCUGGGGAAUAUGUAUGCAUGGCCAACAGUCAUUUAGGCAGCAUACGCCACUCCAUCUUCGUUCAGGUCAAAGCGGCACCUUAUUGGCUGGACAAGCCUACAAACCUGGUACUAGCCCCGGAUGAGAAUGGGCGCCUGGUGUGUCGGGCCAAUGGCAACCCUAAACCAAACAUCCAAUGGCUGAUCAAUGGACAACCUAUAGACAGCUCUCCCCCCAGCCUGAGCAGACAAGUGCUGGGUGACACAAUCAUCUUUCGCUCGGUGCAGAUGGGAAGCAGCGCCGUCUACCAGUGCAACGCCUCCAACCAGCAUGGCUAUCUGCUGGCCAACGCCUUCGUCAGCGUCCUUGAUAUGCCUCCGAGGAUGCUUGGCCCUAAAAACCAGCUAAUUAAAGUCAUCGAGAACAACCGCACCUUCCUGGAUUGUCCUUUCUUUGGUUCCCCCCUACCAGAGUUACGCUGGUUUAAGAAUGGACAGGGCAGUGGGCUGGACGGCGGUCAGUACCGUGUUUACAUCAACGGCACUCUAGAGAUCAAACGGGCCAGAGUAGAAGACGAGGGCACCUACACCUGUGUGGCCAACAGCAUCCUGGGCACAGCAGAGAACCAGGUCCGCCUGGAGGUCAAAGAGCCAACUGGAAUAGUCCGCGCCCCAGAGCACCAGACAGCCAUCAGGGGCUCCACGGCUCGCUUUGACUGUAAGGUGAAGUCAGAUCCCAGCCUACCCAUUACUGUGGCCUGGACAAAGGAUGACAAGCCUCUCUACCUGGGAUGGAGGCUGAGGAAAGACGAGGACUCGCUGACCAUUCCCAAUGUGAAUGAGGGCGAUGAGGGAACGUACACCUGCACUGUUAAAUCUGAGAUAGACCAGGACUCAGCCUCAGCCCGCCUCACUGUGUUAGAGGAAGCCUCCCUCAACCCCUCAGUCUCUAGUGCCUUGCCUCCAGACCGUCCAGACCCUCCCAUGGAUCUGGACCUAUCUGACCCAGCAGCCCGCAGCGUUCGCCUCACCUGGAUCCCCGGAAACGACCACAGGAGCACAAUCACACAAUUCUUGGUCCAGUUUGAGGAGGACCGCUGGGAGCCAGGCAGGUGGCAGGACCUGUCCACUUACCCCGGAGACCUCAACUCAGUCAUUCUACAGCUCGCCCCAUUCGUCAACUACCAGUUCAGGGUCAUCGCCAUUAACGCAGUGGGUCAGAGUCAGCCCAGUGCCCCCUCGCCACGAUACAAGACCAGUGGAGCUGCCCCAGAUGCCAUUCCCAGAGGUCUACGAGGAUGGGGCUCCAAGAAGGACAAUAUGGAGAUCACCUGGGAGCCUUUGCUUGAUCUAGAAAGAAAUGGCCCAAACCUGCACUACAACGUGUGGUGGAGACGGAAGGAUUUGGGAGAGGAGUGGAGUAAUAUGACCACGGUGGGGUCUAAACAUGUUAUCCACAACACAGAAACCUACGUGCCUUAUGAGAUCAAAAUCCAGGCCAGGAAUGAGUUUGGACCAGGACCUGAGUCCAACGUGGUCAUUGGAUACUCUGGAGAGGACAAGCCCACCGAUGCUCCCACUGACCUGCGGGUGUCAAAGGUUGACAACACCAAGGCUAACAUCCACUGGAAGCCUGUGGACCUAAACUCUUUGCAGGGAGAGUUCAAGGAGUACAGACUGUACUACUGGCGUGAGUCCAGUCUGGUUCCGGGUCUGGUGGUCAGUAAAAAGAAGAAGACCACAGGUUUCUACAGCACCAUGGCCGAGCCGUCUGGCAUUCUCAGUGACCUGGUGCCCUACUCUAAAUACAAGAUGUUCAUGGUUGUGGCCAACAACCGCUUUGAAAGUCCACCCAGCAACACGGUGGAAUUCACCACCAAGGAGGGAGUGCCGGAUGCGCCAAGGUUCUUCAGGAUUAACCGGAGAAAUUUUGACACAAUCCACUUGGAAUGGGACAAACCUCUUGAGCCCAAUGGCAUUCUGAUUGGAUACCAGCUCAGGUACCAAACAGUCAAUGGCUCCAGGGUUGGUCGUCUCCAGGUGGAAACUUUCCUUCCUAAUGUGACAGAGUUCACCUUCCGCCUGCCUGACCGAUCUACCCGCUACAAAUUCUACCUGUCAGCGCUCACCCAGGUGGGAGCAGGGGAGGUCUUUGCUGAGGAGUCCCCACACUUCGCCAAUGAAGAAAACUUUACUGACGCUACAGGUCUAGUCGAGCUAACCGAUGCCUCUGUGGGUUCAGCUUUCACUCCUACUGCUCCUCCUCUUGCUCCUCUUCCUCCUACUACCAUCACUCCUACAACCAUUAGUACCUCAACUUCUACCACCCCUACAACUACAACCUCUACUACUCCUACUACUACUAUUACUACUACUACUCCUUCUACAACCACUACAACUGAGGCGACCACUACCACCACACCUCCUGUGCCGGUCACCACCAAGCGUAGAGAUCAGAACGUGUUUGUGGCCCCUGGGCGGGAGAUCUGGAAUCUGACGGUGGAGCCUAACAGUAACUACGCUAACGUCAGCUGGAGACACAACUUCCCGGCCGGCAGCAGCGAGUUUGUGCUAGAGUUCACACUGGACAGUGACAAGACGGUGAAAGUUGUACCGGUGAAACAACAGCCCCCAAUUACAGUGGCGGAUCUGAUCGCAGGCACCAAGUACCAUCUGAGGGUUUACUCCCAUGAGCUCAACAGCGUCAGCAGCAAAUCUGUCACCUUUAAGACCAAAGCAGCCUACAUAGACCAGGUAGACAUAGCCACUCAAGGCUGGUUCAUUGGCUUGAUGUGUGCCAUCGCCCUCAUCAUACUGAUCCUCCUCAUCGUCUGCUUCAUCAAGAGGAGUCGCGGGGGCAAAUACCCAGGUGGUGGUUGCAUGACUGGUUUCGAAAAAUAUCUAGUCCGUGACAAAAAAGAUCUUCCCUUGGACCCAGUAGAUCAGAAAGACCAGGAGGGAUCCUUUGAUUACCACAGCGAUGAAGACAACAAGCCUCUGCAGGGCAGCCAGACAUCCCUGGAUGGCAAUGUGAAGGAAAGCGAUGACAGCCUGGUGGACUACGGCGAGGGCGGUGAUGGCCAGUUCAACGAGGAUGGCUCUUUCAUCGGCCAGUACACUGUGAAGAAGGACAAGGACGAGACGGAGGGCAACGAGAGCUCUGAGGCCACCUCGCCUGUAAACGCCAUCUACUCACUGGCAUAGCGCCACAGUAGCACACUGGGGACUCAGUUGCACCCUCUGAUUUGAGGGCCUUACAGCAAACCACAACACCACACACAAACACACACACACACACACACACAAAUAUAUUAAUAUAUGAAACACAUUUCAGUCUGGAAAACUAUGUAGGCUUUCCUCUGCAGAUAAAAUAACAGGGGAACACGGGAGUGGAAUUAGACCACAAGCCUUUGUUUUGUUUCCAGCUCUAAGAAAUUGGCCCCUUGGAGGUGAAGUUUGGACAAAGUGGACUGUGCUCGUUUUCCUCUACGCUCUGCCUGCCCUUUACCCACACAGACUUGAAGUGUGCCUUCAGGGCAGCUUUCAGCACUUGGAGGCAUCAACAAGCGUUCUUUCGAAUUUAUUCUUUGUUUCUGCUCCGAAAAAAUGUCAGUGCUUUCCUUCCUGAUAUGUCCGUCAUACCUCUGUGUAGCAUCCCAUUAAAGUACACACAAGAGGUCCUUUACAUACCCUCUGGACCCAUCCUGUAACAUAUCAGCUUCUAACCAUCAAACUCAACAGGAUGCCGGCAGAUAUGUUUAUCAUAUUGAUAUUUACGCAAUGAAAGAUUUUAGUUUUUCCACAGCUGGUAGACAAGUCAUUGAAUCUUAAUGAGUGCUGUAUAUAAUCCUGGCACACAUUUUAGUGCCCUGCAAAACUAUGCACUGUCACCUCAUUCAUACCAUUUUGGGUUUUAUCUGGUUAGUAAAAGUACACAUUUUGGGUUUCUUUUUUUACCACUUGCAGGCGAAAUCAUACGCUUCUAUUCACUUUGCCUUGGAACGAUGUGGUAGACAUGUUUUUCUUAUCUCUAAUCCAAUGUCGUAGUGCAGAUGUUCAAAAUGGCCACCACAAAAAAAAGCUGUUUCUGCUACAGUAUGCUGUUAAUGAAUCCCAUUUUUAAAAAAGAUGAUCAACAUUAUUUUGGAGCAUGGUAGUAACUUAGUGUAAGACAAAUGGGAAGGCAACUGAGAGGAAAGUUAGUUUUGCUUGAGAAACACCAUUAGACAACAACCCAGUUAAUUAGCAUGCAGGCUAAUGCUACAUUCAUGUCAAAUGGGAACAGCUGUCAUGUGAAAUGUUGACAAUUGUUGUUCUUUGGAUCUGUACAGCUUCCAUGAGUCUAUUUUUCAUGUUGACUUUGGUUCCUUAUUUGUCAAACAUGAAUAAGUGAGCAGUAGCCUACUUUUGAUACCAAACCAAACAUUGCAACGUCAAUCCAACGUGGUGAUCACAAAAAGACUUAUUGUGAUGUGAAAAUUGGUUUUCUUAUAUUCUCAAUUGUGACACCAGAAUUCUCGAAGUUUGGGGUCUCAACCCCAAAGUUCCCAAUAAGGUUUUAGCACCUGUAAGCUGAGACGUAUAGUAUUUUCAAGUUUGAAGCAAAUGUCUGCGUUGACAUAAAUGCAGCAUGAGAGGCUGGGACCCUUAAGGUGUGAUCAGACUAAAUUUUGGUCUUGCUUUAUUCCCACAAAAUUCUUCGCUGGAUUGUUUUAGCCGUCUGUGUUUAUGCGCCUCAAACAACCAAUUUACAGACAUUAGCUGUUGGCUAGCUAGCAACAUAUGCACCAACCUCCACUUAUUUCUAUCACUUUCGUCCAGACCUCUUUUCUUUGUUUCUUGUCUCUGUAUAUUCAUAAAUUGGAGUCAUGAGGACUCAGAAUAGCAUAUAAUAUCCUCUCAUGUCUUUGCAUCGACUUUAUAUGCAAUCACACUGUCUCUAAAAUUCUCUUCGUGUUUAGUCACACCUUUCCUUCACUCUAGAUUUUAUAAACUCAUUCAAUUUGUUAGGGAUGCAUAGAAUACUUGAAAUAAAUUACCAAUUUACAGCAUGAAAAUAUAUACAUUAAAUUCACAGCCACCUUUGAAAUAAAACGUAUCAGCUUACUUUUUAGUUCUUGCAGAGGAAGAAAGAAAAAAGAUGUUUUCCCCCAUACAGAAUAAGUAUAUACGCACCAGUAUUUCACUUGUCCUACAACCAUGUUUGUCAUGUAGUCUGUUAGCAGACUGAUGGACUGACAGUCAGAUUGCUUUGGUUUCUUUAUUUUACACUAAAUGAGUGCUCAAUGGUUUCACCACAUAAUUUUGGCACUCAAUUUUUGUACAGUAGUUACCUGCUACUAACAGCACUAUUAAAGCCUCCAAUGCUAAAUCAAAUUGAUCUUAACUGCAGUUAGCAACUGGAGUUCACAUUGUAUUUCAAAUAUUUAUUUCAUAUUUCUAUUUAUUACAUUAUGUGGAUAGUAUUAAUAUAUUAGUCCUUAAUUUAAUCAUUGUUAUAUUUGACCAACUUAUUUUGUUGUUUCACAUCAAAAAUAGCCAAAAUAAAGAUAUCUCCUGAAUUUGUUAUUGUUCAUCCUGAGAGGCUUCAAACACAACAGUAUGUUCAGGAUAUUUUUUAUAGCAGCUGGCUUUUCUGCUGUAAACAAAACAAAACAAAAGAAUACAUGUCAUAGUAAAUGAAAAAGGUCAUGUUUAUCUGUCCAUUGUGCUGCUCUUCUCUUACUCAUGUUGUAUUACCGUUACUCUGUGUUGUUAUUCAGAUUUAUGUAACAUAACUUUUUCACCACGCAGAAAAUCAAUAUUGUUGCUUAUUAUUUAUUUGACGUAUUUUCUGUACAUGUAGGUCCUGAAAAAAUACUUUAUCCUUGUAAAUAUUUAAAGUUGAUUUCCCCGGAAAAAUGCUUUAUCCGAAAAGGAAACAAAGUCACAAAUCUGUAUCCACCAAGCAAAUGCGACAGGUGCAUCUUUAGUCUGUCAUGCACCUUUGUAAUGUAGCUUUGACUAACAUUUGCACUCUGAAAAAGUAACAAGAAUCAUCCUCCACUUUUUGUUGCCAUUUGCUUUGACAUUGUGAUAUGUGGUACUGACUGUGGCUAAGUCUAUCAGUCACUUGUUUGAUGAUGGCUUGGAUUCUAUAUUGUGAAAGAGGAAAACAUUGAUGAUGUAAAUAAGAUGUAAGUGCUCCGGCAAUAUACCGUUUGUAGCAUUGCAGCACACAAGCUGCUAGUAAGCCUAAAAAACAUGCACUCACUAAGGUAUUGGAACUCCCCUCCUUUAAACUGUUACACAUUUGUCAUCUUUCUGAGACUGCAUUGACUCCUUCCCAUAAUGCCUUCCACCUAACAUGCCUAUUGUUGCUUAGCUAGUCCCAUUUCAGGGGUCACCUCAGAGGACUGAAGGUUGAGUCUGCUACUCCUGUCAAGCCUCAAACAGACCAAAACUAAAGCUCGGACUAUUCUUUCCGUUUCUGUCACCGUGAUCAUCCACAUAACGUAAAUUUUUUAAAAACAAAUCAGCCCAUGGCCACAGGAGUCUGCAUGCAGCCUAAAAUUUAUUCGGAACAUAUACGCCAACUUCACACGUGUGUUUGUGUCCAACAAUGCAGACGGCAAUGUCAUGUAAACCAAUUAUCCAAUGUCCAUGCAUGUCCAUUGUGGGCUAUUCAGAUCCUUAAUUCUGCAUUGAGACCCUCUGUGUCAACUUGAACCACUAAGUAGUUACCGUCAAAUGAAAUAAUGGAGCUCUUUUUCACUGCAGGAUGGUGGGCCUGAGCAGCACCACCAUUUAGUAUCAGAACAACGGCAACAAAAACAGAACAGAAGGCGGAUAGCUACAUGUCACGUUACAUUUUAAUUCUUUGGUAAAUACCAGUGGUAAAUACUGGUAAGAUUACUGGCGGACAACUAACAAACAGUGUGGCAGGUAAAAAGGCAAAUAUCUGCAUAUAACUAUCUCUGAUCUGUCCCUUUUAUUUUACAUUUGCAUUUUAGUUUAUUCCCAGCAGUCACUAUGUAUAUCCUGCAGUGGCUUUACAGUUGUCAACUUUAUUUGAUAUUAAUUACAUAUAACAUGGAUUGGCUAAAUGCACAAUUAAAAAUGACCAUUUGAUGAAGCCUGCAAACAGCGGACCAAAUGUAGGCAAUAGAAGGCUGCACUUCUUGGCUAAUUUAGAGGAGCCUUUGUAUUAGGAUAUACCUUGUUGAUACAUUAUGACAUUUUCAAUCAGCAGACUUUUGAAAGAGGCCCCUAAAGUGGAACAUGUGUUCCGGUGACAGGCGGCCAUUUUGAAAACAGUUCUGGCCUGGUAUUUCUCAUCCCUGUUGGAUUCUCUAAAAAUCUCUGUUACUGUAAUUUCCUCUUCCAAAAACUCUUGUUCCCGUAUGUUUUUCUGCAGAAACUCAAAGCAAUGGCCGCUCAGUUGGUUUUUUUUUGUGAUCCCUUUGUUUUAUCUUGACAAAAACAGGAGACAUGCUGAAAUAGAAGGAAACAGGAAGAAAAAGCACAGAGAGAUUGGUUUGGAACGGAAGUCAGAUCUCUCUCCCUGGACUCAGAAGCAUUUUUUUUUAUGAUCUGGCCUGGAAACCUGCACGAACCCAAACACACACACCUCCUUCCCAUUGACCUGUCUCUUCUGCCCCGAGCGGAUCACAGUGGGGAAAUGUUGUAAACUGGCUACAUAACAAAGAAACAAGUAUUGUGCAUAUUUGCUGAUACAGUGCUUUUUUUGUUGAUUUGAGGUGUGCACGGAGCCGAGUGUCUCUCUUUACUGUCUGCAUUAUCUCAGCUCACCUUUCAUUGGGGAAAAGAAAAUGCCAAUGUGAAGUUUUACAGCUUUGUGUUUUUCUUCAUUUCAAAAUGCUGCAAAGUCUAGUAUUUUACUGGUGCACAUACGAGAUUUGCAACUGGAUUUUUAAAUGAUAGAUCACAUGCUGUUCGGCUUUUUUAUGAAUUCUCAUUUUAGCAUCUUCUUUUAACAUGUGUAUCAGAGCAGUCAAAGUCUUGCUUCGACACGCAAAACAGCUUUUGUAAGGUACAUACUCAACAGAAAAUGGCAUAAAUAUAUUCACCAUGUAUGCGUGUAUGAUGAGAUGUUGCAACUUCUGCUAGCGACGCCUUCUUUAUAGUAAAGCUAUCUCCUUUU